AGCUCUACUAAAAAAAUGAAGAAGCCAUAUCAGCUCUGGCCAGAUUGACUCUCCAGUCAAGCUCCAGAUGCAUUUGUUUGAGUAGCCUCGACCCCCCUAUGGACUCAACAAAUGUAUCACGAAAUGGCAUUGCUUACUGGGAAUGCAGAUCCUGAGUUCAGCUCCUACUCCUUCAAUAACUUGGAAAACCUGUGUGAAGUGCAAACCAAGAAAGGAUUCUUCUACAAAAAGGCCAAACUUCUGCACCCUGGGGAAGACUUGUGCUGCUUAGCCCGCCUGGAUGACCGGACCAGGUUUGUGAUCAUCAACGUAGGUGGUAUUAAAUACAAAGUUCCAUGGACCACCUUGGAGAACUGCCCCUUGACCAGGCUUGGGAAGCUAAAAUCUUGCAACAAUUAUGAUGAGAUCAUGAACAUCUGCGAUGAUUAUGAUGUUAGCUGCAAUGAAUUUUUUUUUGACCGUAAUCCUAGUGCCUUCAGGACGAUCAUGACUUUCCUGACAGCUGGGAAGCUGAGGCUUCUCAGGGAGAUGUGCGCUCUUUCUUUUCAGGAGGAGCUUGUGUACUGGGGGAUAGAAGAGGACCACCUGGAGUGGUGCUGUAAAAAGAGAUUGCGACAGAAAGAGGAGGAGGCAGCUGAGGCCAGGCUGUAUGAAGGGGAGAUGGUAUUUAGUGAAACUACGCAAUGUGCCUUCCAGGACAAUAGCCGAUUGAGUUUGUGCAUGCGAAAGCUCAGGGAUAUGGUGGAGAACCCCCACUCAGGGAUCCCAGGAAAGAUCUUUGCUUGUAUUUCAGUCUCUUUUGUUGCCAUCACUGCAGUCAGCCUCUGCAUCAGCACCAUGCCAGAUGUCAGAGAAGAAGAAGAUCGGGGCGAAUGCUCACGGAAGUGCUAUGACAUCUUUGUGCUGGAGACGGUGUGCGUGGCGUGGUUUUCAUUUGAGUUCCUGCUGCGAUCCAUCCAGGCAGAGAACAAGUGUGCUUUCCUGAAAACCCCGCUCAACAUCAUCGACAUCCUGGCCAUCUUGCCUUUCUAUAUCUCUCUCAUUGUGGAUAUGGUCUCCACGAAAAACAGCAGCAAGCCCGGUGGGGGAGCUGGGAACAAGUACCUGGAACGAGUGGGCCUGGUGCUGCGCUUCCUGCGGGCUCUGCGCAUCCUGUAUGUGAUGAGGUUGGCACGGCACUCGCUGGGGUUGCAGACGCUGGGGCUCACCGUGCGCCGGUGCACCAGGGAGUUCGGGCUCCUCCUGCUGUUCCUUUGCGUCGCCAUGGCCCUCUUCUCGCCGCUGGUGUACUUGGCUGAGAGCGAACUGGGAGCCAAGCAAGAAUUCACAAGCGUCCCCACCAGUUACUGGUGGGCUGUGAUCUCCAUGACAACUGUUGGCUACGGGGACAUGGUGCCUCGUAGCAUCCCUGGGCAGGUGGUAGCCCUGAGCAGUAUCUUGAGUGGGAUUUUGCUGAUGGCUUUCCCAGUCACGUCCAUCUUUCAUACCUUUUCCCGUUCCUACAGUGAGCUGAAGGAGCAGCAGCAACGAGCAGCAAGCAGGCAGAUGCGCCAGCUAGAAGAGAGCACCAAACUUCCAGGUGGUGACAGUACACAGGGGCUCGGUGUCACAUUCCCACCAGAUGCUGCUGGGCAGAAGGGUCAGCCUGCGAUGGACCAGGAAGCCAAGAGAAGUUGUUGACUCUGAACAGCUGAAGACAUACAUUCGCAGCACAAGAAGCAGUGGACAAGGCAGGUCAGUUCUGCGAGAAGAACCUCCUGAACUGCAUAAAUGAGGGGCAGACUCACACAAGGUUGUCUCUAAAGACGAACUUUUGAUCUUAAGGGCCCUACGAAAAGUGCCCAUAGAAACUCCACCAAGUACAGCUCUGCUCCAUCGCUUUUUGUAGGGCUUUUCUUUUCUAUUGAACAAGUGUUUUUGGCAACCCCGAAGGAGCAGCCAUUGAAUGUAGCCAGCCAGGAGAACGUAACAUGAAGCACAGCCUGUGCCGGGGUGCCAUUCGGCGGAGCAGCCAGCGUGCCGCCUCCUCCCUGCUCGGUGACACUCCAUGUGCGAGGGGCUGAACGAGGGGGUUCCCUGUGCUGCGACACCCCACGCACAGGGGGGUUGUUUUAGCAGCUCCACCAAGAACACAAACCUCAGACAAGCCAAGGUGUGAGCGCAAGAGAAGGGCAGAAACAUCCCUUCAGCUCUCCCAGGGGCUUGGUUUUUUUGUCUGUUUUACAGAUCAGGCCUGGGCUGCCAGCUGCCAGCUCUGACUUGUGCGCUAGCGCAGUAUGCAUUAUUUAGUAAAUAUGCUUAUUUACCACCCUAAGCUUUGUAUCUUAGCCCCAUGACAGAAAUAUACAUAGACAAUCUUCCUGACUGUGGUACUGAAUGUUAACUUGUUUUUUUUUCCUUUGCUAACAGUUGAAUAUAACAAAUAUCUUUACAAAUCACGCCAUUUCUCCACUUUCUGUUAACUAUUUCCAUUUCUCAUGUGUCAAAAAAAUGUGUUUAACAGACGACUAAACAUGAACUACACGCAGCCCAAGAAGGAAAGGGUGAUGUUAAACCAGCAGCAACUCCCAGCUCUGCAUACUCUUCCUCAGCAGUGGUGGCCGCACUGACUGCAGUCAUGUGCAAACAGGAGUAGUCCAAACCUGGUGAAGCCAAUGAGACACCUUCAGUGGGCUCUGGCCCAAGCUGCAGCAUAGCAGCUGUGCUCUACGUGAGGACUAGUCUUUCUUUUUUUUUCCCUACUAAGAAAAAGACAAUACUGUCAUCUAAAAAUUAGAAUUAUUUUUCUGACUCUUCUUCCUAAUUCUCAAAAGAUUGAAGUCAAUUUAAAGGGAAGACGAAUCAUAUGGUGGCAUCUGCAUGUUUGUUUACUGAUGCCAGCCCCACGAGCUCUCCAGCCCCCUCCCUGGAGGAGCUGUGUAGCUGGUCCAAGUCAGUGUGCUGUGUGGGUCUUUCAGUGCUCCUACAGGUGGGAUACGAUCAGGGGAUGGAGGGAAAUGGAGCACAACUGCAUCUUGUACCUACGCCCCCAUUUGUAUUAAAGCCAUGCAGUGCCACCCUCCAUAUUCUCCUCCUGCCAGGAAGGGAACAAAAGCUGAUGUAUUGAAGAUGGGAUUUGUCUGGUUUGGUUUUUUUUUUUUCCCUCAGCAUAUGUUGUAACACCAAUCCUACAUAGCAAACUCCCAUAUUAAGCCAUUCCUUGUAGGAAUGGAGCAAGGGAAAAUAAAAGGUUACACUUUAUUUUAAUAAAAAUUAGAAGCUUUGUUGCU